UGUGGCUAAAUUAGCUUUACAGCAGCGCUUCCAAGGCGACUAGUAGUACCUCCCUGUCACCUUUCAUGCUAAGUUUGGAGCAGGAACUUCCCAGGGAGAUUUAUAAGGAAGAUUUAAGAUAAAGAAAACAAUAAAUCAACUGACGAUUCCACCCUUGGAGGAACUUUCAGCCUCAAAUACACCCUACAUGUGACACACACUAGGGUUGAUCAGUUUUUGAAGGAUAUACAAAACCAACUGAGUUCACAAGAAGAACAUAACAGGUGUCAGGUGUGUUUUUGUUAAAUUUAAAGAAAACCCAGGCAUUUAGAUGCAGAUAAACAACAUUUGACUAUCAGGACGGUCACUGGGAGUCCUGCUCAGCCGUGAACUCAAGAGACGAACCAAUGUUUACAUCCAAGAAGGAGAACUUGCCCUCUCCCAUCCUGGAGGAUUCUUUCUUCCCCUUCUCUUCUUCACACUCUUCCUCCAGUCACCGGAUCAUGGCUCCUACAAUAGGACCAGAUGAUCUUCUCGCCUCACCUCAGGAUGACAGCAGCCCUUCUCUGCUGGAAAAAGACCUGAUUUUGGCGGCUGAAGUAGGCCAAGCUUUGCUGGAGAAAAACGAGGAGCUGGCUGCUCAGAUAGAGCAGAUGGAAAGGGAGAUGGAGGCUACACAGCAGGAGAAACACAUGGUUCAGCGACGUCUGGAGGUGCGGGACCUUGAGGCAAGUCAGCGAGAAGCAGAACUACAGGCUGACAUCACAGCGUUGCGUGCGCAGUUGGAACAAAAACACGUUCAGAGUCGUGACCGGCGCCGUGAGGAGAGCGAGCAACUCACUCAGCUGUCCAACCACAACCAAAAACUUGUGGAACAGCUGGCAGAGGCAGUGGCUUUAGAGCACACUUUGCGCACUGAGCUUCGUGGUUUGAGAGAGGAAAUGGAGGAUACAAGUUUCAGCAAAUCCAUAAGCUCUGCGAGACUGGACAGUCUGCAAGCAGAGAGCAGGGUCCUGAAAGAGCGCUGUAUUCGUAUGGAUGAACGACUGAAGUCAACUCAAGAAGAGAACGACCGGCUGAGAUCUGAGAGGGAUGAAUUGAGAGAGAGGGUGAUUGAGCUACAGACCAGCCUGAAAGAUAAAGAAACUGAGCUGGAACAGGAGCACAGCACAGUGUUUCAGCUUCGAACGGUCAACCGUACCCUACAACAAAGGGUUCAAGCCUUGGGAGAAGAGGCCAGUCUUGGGGAGGCUACCUGCUUCCCUUUGUCACUUCAGAGUGAGAUUCAACAGUCCCAGGCUAAAGAAACAAUUUUAGCCCAUUCAGCCAUUCUGCAAGAAAAAGAAGAAGAGAUUCAGAGGUUACAGAAAGAGCUGCAGUCCAGAGAAACUGAAUUAGAAGGGCUGAGGGAGGAGGUAAAGCCAUUUCGUAACAGUCCUGGUAAACCUUCUUAUAGUGUCUUGGAAGAGGAAAUCAUUUUGGCCCGACAAGAACGUGAUGCACUCAACCAGCAGCUUCUGAACACCAUCAGACACAAGGUGGCACUGUCACAGGAAGUUGAGUCUUGGCAGGAGGACAUGCGUCUGGUGAUCUGUCAUCAGGUUCAACUCCAACAACAAGAGAAGGAAAAGGAAAACAAGGAACAGACAGGCUUUCAAAGAGGCACACGCACCACCAAGUCACUGCGUGUACGUGGGGAAGAUGGAAGGAAAGGGUUUUUCUCUUCUCUGUUUGGGGGAGACUGACUGGUGGAUGAAAAAGAAGGAAAGAGAGAUGGAAAAAGAAAGGAAGAGAAUACAAUAAUGAGAGAUUUCUAACUUUUGUCUACAAAUGGCAAUUGGUAAAUAAUCUUUAAAAUCACCCAAAUGUGUAAAUAGAAAGAAAUCAAUUAUAUUUACUCCAUAGUGGCACUAUUGCAUAUUUAUGUUUUUCAGUAUUUAUUUGCAACUUCAAAAUUGUAAACAAAAAUAAAUGUAUAGCAACCUCA